AUGCCGGCCAGCGAGCCGGCGUGGAAGGUCUGGCAGGGCCGCGGGAAGAAGAGCCGGCGCAAGCUGACUCCAGAGCAAAUAUCCUGGCCGCUAACACGGGAGUCAGAGAUUGACAUUCCGGAGCAACAAUUUCCGAGGCUUCGUCGCGCCUACACGGAACCCAGGCCUGAGUCUGACAUAUUGCACAUCGCAAAGCCCUUCUCAUCGUUCCCGGAACCGCCACCAUCUGCCCACCUGAAACAGCUUUCCAUUUCAUCAUCUCGGCACCUUCCGACUCUUAGCAUCCUGGAGAUCUCGAGCCCUCCACCAACAGCACCGGCUGCGAUCACCACCUUUUCAGACGCAUACCCGACACCACCUCCUUCCACGCAACUCCCGCCGGCUGAUGUCCGCGAUGCUCUGCAAUUGAUAGAUUACGUGCCGCUAUCUCCCCCAGAACCUCUUUUUGAUCCUCCAAAGUUCAAGUGUACUCUUGUUCGAAGCAACGCUCGCCGCAAUUCCAACGGACGACGACGUUCGAGCGGGAAAAAUAUGGCAGCUGACUUACUGAGCCCCCGCCUCAGCGGCGCCAAGGCCAGACAGGCCGAAGCGGCGCGAGAGAUGCAACAGGCUGUUGAGCACCAUGCUGAUCGCUCUGGCGUCGCUGCUCCUGGUUACGACUUCCUUGAGCUCAUCGGGAAGGGCGCCUUUGGGCGAGUUUACAAGGGUAAACACCGGGAAAGCAACGAGCUUGUCGCGAUAAAAAUCUGCGAUAUCGAUAAAGCUGACUACGGAGAGGCCAGCCACGCGUAUCGAGAUGAGACCAUCAAGCAGCUCGUCAAGGAAACCUCCAUCCUCCAACAGCUACGGGACAGCUCAGCCCAGAAUGUCAACCGCUUUUACGAAUCUUUCGCCUUCCACUCGCAACUAUGGAUGAUCACCGAAUAUGUCGCUGGUGGUAGCGUUCGGACUUUGAUGAGGGCCACCCCCGGCGGAACGCCACAAAAGCCGAUGCCGCUGGAAGAGCAUUUCAUCAUCCCCAUCGCAAGAGAGGUUGCGGUUGGUCUGAAGUUCGUGCAUGACGCGGGUAUUCUUCACCGUGACAUCAAAUGCGCAAAUGUUAUGAUAAGCCAGCAUGGAAAUGUUCAACUGAUUGACUUUGGUGUAUCUGGACUGCUUGAGACGAGUUUUGACAAACGAUCCACCAUUAUCGGCACGCCUAACUGGAUGCCCCCGGAAAUGAUCAAGGACCAAGUCGGCGCUGGCUACGGGACCGAGGUUGAUUGCUGGGCUUUCGGAUGCACCAUUUACGAGAUGGCGACUGGAUUGCCCCCGGAUGCUGGCCGCAACUUCGAGUUUCUUGCAAACCGACGCCAGGCUCCGCGUUUGGAAGGAAACCAAUAUUCCAAUGGGCUCAGGGACUUUGUGUCGUUUAUCCUCAAGGAAAGACCCUAUGAGCGCCCCUCUGUUGCAGAAAUCCUUCAGCACCCUUAUGUAUUUGGAACGCAAGAAAGCUUUCCAAACAGUAGCCUAUCCACUCUGGUCAAGCGCUUCCUGGACUGGCAAGAUCGUGGCGGUAACCGCACUUCGCUCUGGGCUGCAGGAGGAGCGGAGGGGCUUGACGCGGAUCCUUCCUCUGACACGGGAGAAGACUGGGUGUUCAGUACUACUGUGGAGUUUGAAAGAGAAUUCGCGUAUGAGAAGCGUCUUUCCAUGGUGGAUCCAUUUCGCGAUGGCGGCGAUGUACGAAAAGAUGAUGUGGAAGAUGCCAUGGCGCCCAGGGGCCGCGGCCGCAAGUUCAUGAUGCACCAGAAGGCAAUGAAGGAGCAACAGAUCAAACGUGGAGAAGCAGGAUUGGACAGACUGUUCAAUCUCGACGCGCCGGAAUACAAGUACGGUGAAGACCCGUCAAUGCUGCAGCCAGAUGGUCCGGAUCGAUCGUCGCAGUCUGACCUGGCGCUUCGCAACUGGGAGCCGAAUCGCGCUUCGAAUAGAGUCACGAUGAUUGACCUGGAUGCUGUGGAUGCCGGGUUUGAGACGACGCCAAACCUGGACCUCGCGAAUGCGAGCACUUUACGCGCUAGUCGAAUCAACAGGAUCAUGAAAGAGUUGGAAGACGAUGACGAUGAGGAAUAUACCUACCAACCCAACAGAGGUUCACGGCGCGCUACCAAGGAUUGGAAAUUCCCAACGAUGGAGCCAGCUGGAGAAAAGCGUGCAACCAAAGACUGGAAAUUCCCCAUGAUGGAACCUCCUCCAGUUGAGACUGCCAGGCGUGCAACGAAGGAUUGGAAGUUUCCAGUCAUGGAGCCCCCGCCUAUUCCCGAAGACACUAAAAGUCAAGACACGAAGAACCGUCGCACAAUGGACUGGACAUUCGCAACGGCAGAAGUAUCGGAGGAUGAGUCGCAGCCAGACUACCGGACAAGCCGGCUGGUGCAGCGUCGCGGUACGAAGGAACUGCAACUGCCCGCCAUGGCGGCCCAAUCAAGCAACGAUCGUGGCAGCAUGCUUCCGGGAUUCUCAUUCCCAAUGGGGCCAGUGGAAGGGCAAUCCGCGGCUGGUAAAGGUCUUGGUCCGUCACCACCAUUGGGAGAUGCGUGGCGCCCCCCACUUCGCCACGCUGCGACACAGCCUAUUGGCCAAUUCGAUGACUUCCAUUUCUCGCAGUCGGCACCAGGUUCGCCUGAACGAACUUCGAUGAUCGACCUGGAUUUCGCCGAUGUGAGCCUUGUUCCUCGUCCUACCACAGCGACCUCCAUGGUCGAUUCUUUUACCGGCAGCAACGAUGCAGACGUCACCACCGGCAACCCCUUCGAUCUCGAAGAACAGGCGCAACUCUCGCAAAACAAUAAUCGUGCCUCCUAUCAUCGCCAAUCUCAAUCCGAGCCUCAUAAGCGGAUCUCCGGCCUCCUCACGCCUGGCGAUCAGGAGGAAAAGGGUCAGGGAUACGUGUCAGACCAUGGCCCCAUAGUCGAAGGCCGUGAGGACCAGCAUCGCGCUUCGGCCGGAUCGAGAAAAUCCUCAGUUGCUCGUGAAUCAAAUGGGUCUGUGGCUCAUCGCCUGAUCAACCCUAAAAGACGUACGAGGGGCAGCGAUUCGAAAAAAUCCGAGGAUGAAACAUUCUUGAGGUUCCCGAACACAAUGGCAAAUGCCCUUCCAGAUGGAAGUGGUCUCAAUGACGAGACCAUCAAAAAUCGGCGUCAGGUAUCCCAGACAAGUGUCCCCUCUUUCAACCCCGAGUCACCUCGUACGUGGCGGUACCAAGAUUCUUUACUUUCAAGCACGCCUCCUUCUACAAACGGGUCUUUCUCGAGCAGUACUUUCGCAUCCCCCGAUACUGCUUUGGCUCUCUCCGGCGACGUCACUCAACUCACGACACCUCGCACAUCGGUUGCUACCUACUCACCUCGAAGCGCUGCAAGCUUCUCCAUGCAGCUUGGCGCUGCCCAGGGAAGGCUCCGAAUGCCUCUGCGCACUGCCCGUCCUACCCCGCCGCACCCGACGACGCUGGAUAACACGGCUGACCAGCGUAUGAUGGUGACUGAAGCUAGCAGGGUUGCGAGAGAUCAUGUGCUUUACCUCAAGACUUUGCGCCGGACGCUCAAGGCAUGCGGCUCACAGGCACAGGCUCGAAGGGCAAACAGAAGGCCCCGCAAUGGCAGCAUCAACGGUAGCCUUCCUGUAUCCCAUUCGGCCGCUACCUCCAUCAGCUUGAGUAGCGCGGAUACCAGUGACGCUGAGGGCGUGGGUGGGACCGCAAGACGCGUCCUGCGAAGGGCAGAGAGUUCGCUCGCCUAG